AUGGAGAGCGUCGCCGCCAGGUAUCGGCUGAGCUGCUCGCUCCAGGGCCACGAGCUGGACGUGCGGGGCCUGGUGUGCUGCCUCUAUCCGCCGGGGGCCUUUGUGUCCGUGUCCCGGGACCGCACCACCCGCCUCUGGGUCCCGGACAGUCCUAACAGGGGCUUCACAGAAAUGCACUGUAUGAGUGGCCACUCCAAUUUUGUAUCUUGUGUAUGCAUCAUACCUUCAAGUGACGCACAUCCUCAUGGACUAAUCGCCACUGGAGGAAAUGACCAUAAUAUUUGCAUUUUCUCACUGGAGAGCCCAGCACCACUUUACAUACUAAAAGGUCACAAAAAUGCUGUUUGUAGUCUUUCAUCUGGAAAAUUUGGGACAUUACUUAGUGGCUCAUGGGACACCACUGCUAAAGUCUGGCUGAAUGACAAAUGCAUGAUGACCUUACAGGGUCAUACAGCUGCAGUCUGGGCUGUAAAGAUCUUACCUGAACAGGGCUUAAUGUUAACUGGAUCAGCAGACAAGACUAUUAAACUGUGGAAAGCUGGAAGAUGUGAGAGGACUUUUUCAGGGCAUGAAGACUGUGUAAGAGGUUUGGCAAUUUUGAGUGAAACAGAAUUUCUUUCGUGCGCAAAUGAUGCCAGUGUUAGAAGGUGGCAAAUUACUGGCGAGUGUCUCGAAGUCUAUUUUGGACAUACAAAUUAUAUUUAUAGCAUAUCUAUCUUUCCAAAUUGUAAAGAUUUUGUGACAACAGCAGAAGACAGAUCCCUGAGAAUCUGGAAAAAUGGGGAAUGUGCUCAAACAAUCCGACUUCCAGCUCAGUCUAUAUGGUGCUGCUGUGUGCUGGACAAUGGUGACAUUGUGGUUGGUGCGAGUGAUGGUAUCAUUAGAGUGUUUACAGAAUCAGUGGAUCGGACAGCAAGUGCUGAAGAAAUCAAGGCCUUUGAAAAGGAACUCUCUCAGGCAACCAUUGAUCCCAAAACUGGUGAUUUAGGGAACAUUAAUGCGGAGCAGCUUCCUGGGAGGGAACAUCUGAACGAACCUGGUUCUAGAGAAGGACAGACCCGUCUAAUCAGAGAUGGGGAGAGAGUCGAAGCCUAUCAGUGGAGUGUUAGUGAAGGGAGGUGGAUAAAAAUUGGUGAUGUUGUUGGCUCAUCUGGUGCUAAUCAGCAAACAUCUGGAAAAGUUCUAUAUGAAGGGAAAGAAUUUGAUUAUGUUUUCUCAAUUGAUGUCAAUGAAGGUGGACCAUCCUAUAAAUUGCCAUAUAACAUCAGUGAUGAUCCCUGGUUAACUGCAUACAACUUCUUGCAGAAGAAUGAUUUGAAUCCCAUGUUUUUGGAUCAAGUGGCAAAAUUUAUUAUUGAUAACACAAAAGGUCAAAUGUUGGGACUUGGGAAUACCAGUUUGUCAGAUCCAUUUACAGGUGGUGGUCGGUACGUUCCAGGCUCUUCAUCUGGCUCUUCUAACACAAUGUCUGCAGCCGAUCCUUUUACAGAUAAUAGGGGAGCCCACCAACCAAGACACAGAAUAAGUGCUAUCACUGGCAAGAUGCUACCGAUCAUGAGCAGAGAAGGAGCCACGUGAGUCCCUGAUAUUGGAUGGAGCAAUGCAAUCAAGGAGUCUGCCCAGGCAUAUUUGCCUUAGUGUGGAAGGAGACAGUUCACCAGCUACCCAGGAUUAGUCUUCCUAACCUAAGUUACUAAUUGCCUUCAUGAAGCCCUAAAAGUGUUGGUGUGUGUCUUCAAAGUGACUAUUGACCAAGGUACGCAUGCCUCAGCAUCACCAUUACUGGAAAAAAUGGCCAGACUUGGACUUUAAGGCAGCUGAAGAAGUCUCUGUUUUCAGAAUAGUAUUUGAUAAUAUUUAUGAUGCUGUCGCUGGAUCUUCAUCAGAGUUCCUGGACGAUAUAUCAAGCUUGGGAAGAGAUUUAUGGUAUCUAUUGGCCUUGCCAACAUACAAUCCCGUCUAAAUCAUAGAUUGGAUCAACACACAAUUUUGGCUUAGUGUCGUGAAGUUGUGAAUUGCUCUCAGUGAGCUAUCUUUCUCCUGUGAAUGAACUGGUGGACCGGAUGCAAAUAGCUGCACCCUGUGCAUUGAUAACUAGUAUAUUACAAUAACCAACUGGUAAGCUAAAUGUUGUGAUGGCGCAAUGACUGUUAAGGAAGUCUUUGAUGACAUGAUGCAAUUUCAAAAGGUACUAAGGAUCUGAAGAGUCGAUAAGGUGGCGACUUUCUCUGUCGGUAUAUUCAAGCCUAGUAAUGCACUGAAACUUAGAGAAGAGCUCCCAAACCUCAUCGGCAGAUGUUUUUUUGGAACCGAAAGAACAUAACAAGCUUCAAACAAUACCAACAAAAUCAAGAGAAGUCCAUCAUAACUGGAGCAUGUCUCACUGUUGUACAGUGUCAAUACCUCAGAAGAUGCAGUGAUUAUGGAGAUAUGCAAGAUGGCCUAUUCAAUAAAUGUCCAAGAGCGUUAUGGAAUUAUUAGGGUUACUGAACUAUUAUAAAAAAUAGAUAACAGCACCCACCAAAUUGAGAUUAUGAAAAUUAAAUCAUAUAAUAAAAUACAUGUAAAGUAUUCUAGAUGGAAAAACAUAAAAAUAUAUUUAAGCCCUCAAUGUAUGUAGCUAUUAUUAUUGUUGAUGAUGUUCCCCCAAUUUUACCAAAAGCACUGAGGCCAAAAGACUUGUCCAUCUGGCUUACAACUUAAGGUCCAUCUUCAGUCUUUUUUCUUUUCCUUAUUUAUGUGGUUGUCAGAUUUCUAAUAUUAAUUAGAAUCAUCUGGGAUGCUUGUUUAAAUUAUCACAAGGUCUUACCCAUAGAUUUUGUCACAUUAGAUUAGUGAAGAGGUUAAAAAUACUCAUGCCCUUAUCCCUCAUCCAUGGAUUCUGAUUAAAUUAAAUGGCCUUGGGUGUGGUUUGUUGUUAGGUUGUUGUGAAAGCUCACUAUAGGUUUCUAGAGUGAAACCCUGGGAAUCUGCAAGUUGAACAGGUGACUAUCUCUAAAUGUCAGAGAACCAUAUUUAGAAAAGUGUGUGCUUACACUCUGCCUCAGAAUGCCUUGGCAAGUUAUUCAGCCUUCCUGUAACAAAAUAUUACAAGUAGUAGUGGUAUCUAAUUAAUAUUUAAAUGAGUAUAUGUAUAUAAGAUACUUAACAUGUUAGCUGGCAUAUA